GACAGAGGGUUUUGAGCUGUUGACCUAGGUGGUUGCCGUGCUGUGCUGCGCAUGCCGGCUGCUGAUUGGUGCUGUGGACGCGUUGGUUGUGCUUCUGAUGCAUGCUUGGCUGGAGCUGGGGCCUUCUGCUAAGGACUACGGGCCUACGGCCGGUGCAGAGGCGGUGAGGCGAUGGACUAGGCUGGAUGGCGUUUCUUUGAGUGCGUGGAGGGUGUGGAUUAUCAUGCCAUGUUUGGUGUUGCGAUUGUUGGCUGAAGCUUGGCUGGUGGGAUCGGGCUGGGGAUCGGAUUGGAGGUGCGGAAGUUUGUCAAGCUUGCUCGGCGCGUAAUUCAACAGCGGUCAUGUUUUAUUUCUGCUAUUGAGAGUAAAGGGACCGAUCGAU